AGUCAGUUACGGAAUGAUCUUGUGAGCCUCGCCAGCAAGGACUUCUGGCGGUGCUGAGGAUGUAACGAUGAACAGGUUCCCGGCCACUCCAGUGUUCAACAACUUUGGCCUCUUGGGCGUGUCCAUGUUUUUCAUGAGUUGCAUCGUGUCCCAGCUCGUAUUCUCCCUUGGGGGGAGUAUUUUCCCAGGCGGGAACGGGAGUAUGAUGAUUGAAGCCGUGCCGUUCUUCCACAUUCUGGUCAAUAUCAUCCAGCAGGAAGUGGGAGAUGAUGAUCAAGCCGUCAUUGCCACGACUAUGAUGGCAUUUGCCUUCAGCUCAAUAUUGACUGGUAUCGUCUUCUUCUCUCUCGGAGCAUUCCGACUGGGCACUCUGGUGGGGUAUUUCCCGCGGCAUAUAUUAGUAGGCUGCAUCGGUGGUGUCGGUGUCUUUCUCCUCGAAACGGGCCUAGAGGUAUCCCGAGGACUGAAGGAAGAAGGAUUUCAGUACAACCUCGCUACUUUGAAAAUCUUCUUCGAAUCGCCUCUUGCGAUUCUUCUGUGGACCAUCCCACUGGCUCUCGCCAUCAUGCUUCGGGUCAUCACUCAUUUUUUCCACCAUCAACUCAUCUUUCCAGCGUACUUUUUCCUCAUCCCCGUGGUGUUUUACAUCAUCGUCUUUGCUGGAAGAUUUGACCUGGACCAUUUGAGACAGCUCGGAUGGGUGAUGAAUGUGGGAGGUGGUUCAGAGGCCUGGUGGAAGUUUUACACCUACUUUGAUUUCAAAAAGACCGAUUGGGGGGCGUUCUGGGCCGGUAUGCCAACUCAAUUGGCUCUGGUCUUUUUUGGCAUCCUGCAUGUGCCUCUCAACGUCCCGGCUCUCGGUGUUACGCUCUGCGAAGAUAAUGUCAAACUCGACAGAGAGCUCAUUGCGCAUGGUGUUUCCAAUCUCGCAGCUGGUCUCACAGGCACGGUACCAAACUACCUGACAUACGUCAAUUCCGUCUUGUUCUACCGAGUCGGCGGAGGCUCUCGUCUAUCGGGGUUAAUGUUGGCAGCGGGAACAGCGGGAAUCAUGUUUGUCGGACCGCGCGUCAUUGGCUAUCUGCCUGUUGCGGUGGUCGGUGCCUUGAUCUUCGUGCUCGGUAUCGACCUCCUGCUAGAGGCUGUGUGGGACACGAGGCAUAAAGUCAAUCGCUCAGAGUACAUUACCAUCUGGGCAAUCGCCAUCGGUAUGACUGUAUGGGACUUUGUGAUCGGUCUGCUGUUCGGCAUCAUUCUAGCUUGUGUUUUCUUCGUUGUUCAGAAUUCUCGACGACGGGCCAUUCGUGCAGUCUUCAGCGGAUCCACGGCGAAAUCCACAGUCAGGCGCCCGCGACCUCAGCGGGCUUUUUUACAGCAAGUCGGUACCCAGACUUAUGUCAUGAAGCUCCAGGGAUUCCUUUUCUUCGGCACGAUCUCGGCCGUCGAAGAAGAGAUUCGUAAAUUGCUAGACCUGGCCAAGUGGCAACAUAAUCCCAUCCGCUUCCUCAUUAUUGAUUUCGCCCUGGUCGCGGCCCUCGAUUUCUCCUCAGCCGAAGCGUUCGCUCGCGUGCAGCGGUUGCUUUCAGCCAAGAACGUCAGGUUGAUCCUCUGUGGUGCGGCUCCCAAUGGCUUGGUCGGGUCAGCACUGCAAGGUGUCGGCUUAUGGGCGGACCGGGAAGGCACCGAGGUGGAAGUGUUUGAAGAUUUGAAUGAUGCUUUGGAAUGGACAGAGAAUGCCUACUUGACCGCAUACUACGAGAACCAACUUGCGUUGGAGCAACAGCAAGCGUUAGAACAACAAGAAGCUCGUUCUAGGACCAUAGACUUUCCAAAAGUCUCGCGUGCGCCAUUCACUCUCGCCGAAUCAUUCCAAAACAGUCCGAGAAGAAGUCACCUGGCGCGCGCAGGGACAGAUACAUUGCCGAAGACUCACAUACCGCUUCCGCCUGAAGAGCCUGAACCAGCUGCUCAACCCCUACCGCUGCUGGAGCAGACGUUGGGUUCGUUCGCCCCGACUGAUUUCCCACUCGAAGCGUAUGCUGCUCUCGUACCUUAUUUCCACCAGGUCACCCUGUCUACAGGUCAAACUCUGUGGAAGCAACAUGAGUCACCGGAUGGACUGUAUCUGAUUGAAAGUGGGGCAUUGAGAGCGACUUAUGCGUAUGCGGAUCAUGGCAGAUAUGUUAUUGAGACCAUGGUUGCUGGAACCAUUGCCGGUGAUUUGUCCACCUUGAGCGAUACGCGUCGAAACGCCACGGUCGUAGCGGAACGAGAAUGUGUCUUGUGGAUGUUGUCCAAGGACGAGUUGGAAAAGAUGGAAAAGGAUGAUCCAGUCUUAGCUAUGAAAUUGAUCCAGGUGGUCCUAAGGGCUGUGGCGGAAGAACAAGACGUCCUGGCGAGUUGUAUUCUACUGCAAUCGGCUCUUUAGCGGAACAGCAAGGGGUCACUGGGGGCUCUCGAAGUAGCUUUACGUGGUCAUAAGUCUGCACCCAAAAUUAGUGUGAAGAAACCAUAAACACCAGCAAAUAGCAUACGAU